UCUCUGGGCCCCGGUCCUCUCUCCUGUUACCGGUGCUACCAGCUCCCGGGGGACACCCAGAGGCGCCCGCCCCGCCAUCACUUGCGACCACGGGGGUAGCCCGGGGCCGUUCCGGAGUCGCCCGGACCCGAGAGGCUGCUGCACCGGGCCUCAGCCACCCCUCCGGAUGCUGGUGUUGCCGUCGCCCCCCUGCCCGCAGCCUCUGGCGCUUCCCUCCGCAGAGGCCAUGGAGGCCCCUCCUUCUCGGACAGGCAGGUCCCCAGAGCCCGGACCUUCCUCCUCCACAGGACCUCCCCAGCCUUCCUCCCCUCCGAGGCCCAACCACUACCUGCUUAUUGACACCCAGGGCAUCCCGUACACCGUGCUGGUGGACCAGGAGUCUGAGAGAGAGCCCGGGGCAGAUGGGGCUUCAGCUCAGAAAAAGUGCUACAGCUGCCCCGUGUGCUCCCGGGUCUUCGAGUACAUGUCAUACCUGCAGCGACACAGCAUCACCCACUCGGAGGUGAAGCCCUUCGAGUGUGACACCUGUGGGAAGGCAUUCAAGCGGGCCAGCCACCUGGCUCGGCACCACUCCAUUCACCGGGCUGGUGGCGGGCGACCCCAUGGCUGCCCGCUCUGCCCUCGACGCUUCCGUGAGGCCGGUGAGCUGGCCCAGCACAGCCGGGUCCACUCGGGGGAGCGCCCGUUUCAGUGCCCACACUGCCCGCGCCGAUUUAUGGAGCAGAACACCCUGCAGAAGCACACUCGGUGGAAGCAUCCAUGAGCCGGGCUGCCGGGUUCCCCAGGUGCCAUGGGGUUCUGGGGGGAGCCCGGACUCUUGUGGCCCUCAGACACGUGGCCAGUGCAGAAGGCUGGGUUGCAGCCCUGGACACAGAUACAGACACACUUCCUGCAAAGGCCAAGCCCUGCCUGAAGGAGGAGCCCCUGAGUAGCCUUUGGAUAUUUUGGAGAUAAAGGUGGAAAGGAGACCUUACCUUCCUAGGGUGGAGCCUCAGGCUGAGCCUGACCAGGUGCCCAGGAGACAGUGCUAUGUGUGAAAAUCCUCCAGCCUGAAAAUCGUGGUUGGGAGCCAUCAAGCAUCUGCACCAGCUUCCUGACGCCCCCUUGUUGAUGCUGGGGGAAGGGGCCCCAGACCUGCCUUGCACCCCCCAGCCAGGACUUGAGACUGGACACCCAAUAAACACCUUUCCCAUUUUGAGCACUUGAGAUUUGUUUUGGGGCACAGCGGUUUGGCCUGCCUGCUGCCCAGCAGGGAGACUCAGCAAGUGCCUGGCCCACCUCUUCUUGGGCAGAAGAACAAAUCGGCCAUGUCUACUCUCCGGAGAGGGAAAGAGCUUCCCACUGCUGACCUCAAAUAACACUAACAGCGCCCUGGAUCUUGAGCGUCGCCUGUGGCCAGGUGCUGGGCUGAGCAUUUCACCUGGGUCAUCCCAAGUGCAUCCGCACAGUGCUUGGCUUGGCUGGCUGGGGAUGGGAAGGUUGGCCUUCUGCACUGGGAUCAGUCCUAGCUUGACCCCUCACAAAGGGUGUCAUCUAGGUAGAGUGUUGUUAAACCUUUUUUUCCUUAAAGCUAGGAUCUCCUGUAAGAAACACAUUUUAUAUGGCAACCCAGUAAACAUACACAAAAUAUAUGUGCAACAAAAGUUCAGCAGUACUUAAAUUUCUGCCACAUGCAAUUAACUUUUUUCCUUUUUGCUAAUUCCAUUCUACUAUAUUGAAUUCCCUGCCCAUGAACCUGUAGUUUGCAAAAUACCUAUCUAGGGCAGGUAACUCCCCCUGGACGUUUUGACCCAGGCUACAGUUUAUCUAUGAUGUGAAGCAGGUAGGAGAGGAGUGUGGCCACAGCUUUCUAAAUGGUGCAGACCUUUAAAUUCUCCUUCUGCAAGGUUACAGCCCUGCUCUCCUAGAGCUGGCCAAAAUUCCAGUAGCAAAAAAAAAAAAAAAAAAAAAAAAAAAGAGAAAGAAAAAGGAAAUGAAAAGUCCAGUAGCAACUGGUGACUGGGAGGAGAGGCUGGGAGCCGAAUAAACAUCGGCCUUCUUAAUGAA